UCGCUUACCACCACGGUGGGCUCGAGGACCCGUUGUGGAAGGCGAGUGGGAGAUAUCAGCUCAGCACGCGGGCGGCGGGGCCCUUCGGCGGAGGGAUUUGGCACUGGCAGCGCGCAGAUCGGUGGCCGCGCGCUGCGGUGGUCGAGGAUGUGCGACGUACGUGUGAUCUGUGCGAUGGUCUGCUAUCAAACUGUCCGCGGCUGGAAUCAUCCUUGUAUUCGGAGAAGAUCGCGCCGUUCGCCUCCCCGCGCGAGCAGAUCUGGGACACCCCGCCUGCGCACCGCCUGUUGGCUCGACUGGGAGCAGUCGUCAACGCGCCACGAGACCACCCGGAGACAAGCGUAUCUGGCGGAUGGGAGGCGCAGCGAACAGAUGGGCGCACGCAAUCACGACGAGCUCGCCCACGCGCGACGGAACUCUAUACGCGGCCUGGCAGGCCUCUGAUCCCGCGCCCACGCCGCCACGUUCCGGCACGAGUCCAGAUCCGUUAAUUAUAGGCCUUCCUUCCCCCCGGCGCCACCGCCAUUCUCGAUGCGAAGCUCGCCUGCGAAGGCAGCCAGUCUACCGCA